AACAGAACUAUUCGAAAUACCUUUACCUUCUCUCUCUCUAUUCUCUGCACGCAGAAAGUGCAUUGUUGGGGCUCGGGAAUCCGCCAUGGAUGACACAGGAGAAGCGUCUAAGCCAUCUCUGCAGCUCCAAAAUACAUGCGCCGACAUCGGCGGCGGAGGUGACGGUGGUGAUGAGCCUAGUGGAGCGACGACUGGAACUGAGACUUCAGAAGAAGCUCAAGUUGGAGGUUCUGACUCCGAAGAAACCCUAGAUACGGUGGACUCGCCUUCCAUACAGUUGGAUAAGAGUGCUAGCCGACCGGAUUCCCUUGCUACCUCCUCCUCGCACGUGCUCUCUGAAGUUCCAAUCGAGUAUAGCUUGCACCCGUCCGAAUUCCUGAAGGAAAUCAAGGAUGAGGUUGGCAUUUCUAACCAGAAAGCCUCAACUGUUCAAGCUCAAAGGCGGAACCAACUGCAGUCUGCUGAUGAUCCAUCUGUGUUGGAAUUAUCUCCAACUUCUGUUACACAGUCCAUUUCAUCCAUUCCCAGCCCAACUCCAGGAGAGCGAAGAUUGUCUCCAUUAGAGAACAGAAAUGGCGCAUGCAUCCAAGAAGUAGAUAACCAGAAUUCUUCCAACUCCAAAGCGUUAUCUCUUGUUCCUGUCUUAAAGAUACAAGCACCUGAUGGGUACAAUUGGCGGAAAUAUGGUCAAAAGCAAGUGAAGAGUCCUCAAGGUUCUCGGAGCUAUUACAGAUGCACAUAUUCUGACUGCUGUGCAAAAAAGAUUGAGUGUUCUGACCACACUAACCGUGUUACUGAGAUUGUUUAUAGAAGUCCUCACAAUCACGAGCCACCCCGAAAAGUAAAUACCCCUAAAGUAAACAAGCUUGCAAUCUCAUCUAUGCCUCGUAGUCAGGAUAGCAAAGUAGCUCGCCUAAAUAGUAAUGCUGAUGAGACAGUGCCAUCCACUUCAAAGAAACAUGUUAAAGAAACAAUACCAAUAUCAGAGACAAAGCAGCAGGAUUUCUCUGGAUUGGAUGACAAUGCUGAAACUAAUGUUAAACGGGAGGAUUGUGAUGAACCUACACAGAAGAAAAGGUGAGUCUGUGGAGCUUUG